UUGGUCAUGUUUUUCCAGGAGUGACAUCCAGUGCAGUGCUCCCAUGGAGUUGUGACACCUCCUCUAGUUCCAACUCUCCGGAAAGUCAGAUAUGCUCUCUGGGCUCAUAGGAGGUGGGAUGGCUUUUCCUGAGGUUCACACCAGACGCUGUCUCACCUCGGCAACAGACAGACUCUUUAUUCAGUGACGCCUGAAAUUAGACGGUGCGCUGCUUGAGAGGAUGGAAAUGUAGAGACAGAACUGGCAUCAGGGGGGAGGCUGCCAAUCACUCAUGGCAGAAACAGCAUCUGGAGAGGCACGCAGCGGCUUCCUCUUCAGUUUUUAAACAAGAGAUGGUUUUCUCUGCACCCAGAAUUGAGUUAAUUCAAGCCAUUUUCCAGAAAAGGUUUCUGCAUGUGACGCAUUGUGCAGUCAGUCAGGCGUAAGUGAAUGUCUUAUCUAUCUGUGACACAGUUGUAGUUCUUCCAGAAUUACGUCUCCUCUGCCAAAACCAGCAUAUGUCCUCAUGUCUUAUACAGCGAUUUUGCAGUGGUCCAAGCUGUUAGAAUGAAGUGUCAUUUCACUCAAGUCAUUUGCGCAUCACUAAACUGAUAGGAGAAAAACAGUAGGCUGUCCCCAUAACCAAGCCUAAAUAUUAACCAGAAAAUGAGAAAGCAGACUCCUUUACGUUUGUCUCUCAAUCUUUGACUUGAUAUUAUUCUGUUUUCCUCUCAUUCUCUUUGAAGAACUUUCCCUUUUCAUGCAUUCUCGAUCCCCCCCCUCCAUUUGUGAGUGCUGCAGCCCACCCUGUCCGAGCUUCAGUGGUACAUGCCGUUAGAAAGCCCAUCUCUGCGAGGGGAGGAGGGGAGGGUGGUCUCAGUCUCAGCUAAGCGGCUGCUUUAGUCCCCCACCAUAAGCAAAUUCACAGAUGUCUCUGCACGCGUCUCAGCCAUCAUGAGAAGGCAGCCUGCUCCUGUGUGAGCCCUGGACAGAGUGAAGCAGAAAGAGAUUCAAAGAGAAUCAGCAAGGAAAAGGGUGGGAGGGAGAGCAGGAGAAAGAAGAGGAGAAGGCAAAACACAUACAUCGUCUCUGCUCAUGAGCCCGAUCUGGUGUGUUUAAGCGCAAGAAGAGAAGAGAAAAGAGGGAGGAAAAUAAAUCCGUGGACCUUGACAUCUCUUUGUUUUAAUUUUUUCUUUCUUUUUUUAUUCAUUCAAUGAAUACUAACACAGCAGAGUAAAAGAAAGAGAUGCUUUGAAGGCUGUCUCUCUUUUGACAAGGGGCAAGAAAGAGAAACAGGGGGAUAGACGGCGUAAAGCAGGGACAAAAACUGGAUUUCUAGGAUGACUCGGAGUCGACUCGGAAGCUUGGAAUACGAGCCUCACGCUGAAGUCUCUGAAUGAGGGGCCGGGCCUGAGAAUGUAAAACCGUAGGGAGAUUUCGGAUGUCACUCAUGACGCAUCUUCCAUUGAGUUUGACCAUCUUGAGCUGCGAACAUCUCUGCUCCGCAUACAGCAGCGUCUACAGUCAAACUCGAGACAAAAGCUGGUGACAGUAUCUGACGGCACAGGAGGACAGAAGAACACUGAAGGAGGGGCUCCUGCUUGAUCGGGGCUUUUGGUGGCCUGCAAGUGCAAGCAGCCAGAGGGAGAGAAACGGGUAAUAGUGAAGUAUCAUGGAGACAGUCACAGUUAGGUAGCCCAUCGAGCAUGGAGUUUUACCUUCUCAGCCACGCAUCAACAGCACCGCAAUGAACCAGUUCUGACUGUGGAUAAUCCAGAGCCAAACAACCAAUCAUUGAGAUGCCGAAGAGAAGAGAUAUUCUUGCCAUCGUGUUGAUCGUGUUACCUUGGACUCUACUCAUCACUGUUUGGCACCAAAGCGCUAUAGCUCCACUCCUCGCUAUCCGAAAGGCCUGUCACCACCUAGUAAAAGAGAUCUUUAUCAUUCCAGAGAGGCUUGCGGUCCACCACCACCGACUCUCAGAUGAAGGCGCCGAGGGCAGGAGGGAGGCUGGUGGUCAGGACUCCAAAGAAUACUGUGCCUCAGAUAAGGACAUUGUGGAAGUGGUGAGGACAGAGUACGUGUACACGCGGCCUCCACCCUGGUCAGAUGUGCUGCCCACGAUUCACAUCAUCACUCCCACAUACAGCCGGCCGGUGCAGAAGGCAGAGCUGACCCGUAUCGCAAACACCUUCCUCCAUGUCCCCAACUUGCACUGGAUUCUGAUAGAAGACUCGCAGAGGAGAACUCCUCUUGUCACAAGUCUCCUUCGAGAGACGGGGCUAAACUACACCCACCUCAAUGUGGAGACUCCCAAGAACUUUAAAAUACGAGGUGACACUCGUGACCCCAGGAUUCCCAGAGGAACCAUGCAGCGGAACCUGGCCCUGCGUUGGCUUAGGGAGACCUUCAAAAACAACAGCCAGCCGGGCAUCGUCUACUUUGCAGACGAUGACAACUCGUACAGCCUGGAGCUAUUUGAGGAGAUGAGGUCGACUCGGAAAGUCUCAGUGUGGCCUGUGGCCUUCGUGGGCGGCCUGCGCUACGAGUCCCCCAAGGUAAACGCAGCCGGAAAGGUCUACGGCUGGAAAGCGGUGUUCGACCCCCACCGGCCAUUUGCCAUCGACAUGGCUGGCUUCGCCAUCAACCUGAAGCUCAUCCUCUCCAAGCCACAGGCGUACUUUAAGCUCCGCGGGGUGAAGGGAGGCUACCAGGAGAGUAGCUUGCUCCGAGAACUUGUAACACUCAAUGACCUGGAGCCAAAAGCUGCCAACUGCACUAAGGCCUAAAUGAAAAGAGGGGAUUCAGGGAACUGCUCACGGAACUGAAUUGGACUCGGUGAAGGAGGCAGAGACGUCACACUGAUUACAGAUGAGUGCAGGAGAUGGACAAAAAGGGUGGUAAAGAUGGAGUAAAAGGGAGGGGGUGGGGGUUAAGUCGUGUAUGUGCAUGUCUUUUUCUUAUAAUCGUCCACUUCAGAUGCGAGCGUCACGGUUACCCGCCUCCUCACUACACCUGAGCAGAGAGGGAGUGGGCUCCUGGCAUGGCUCAUGCAUAUUUCAUGACUGCUGCCAAGGCGAGAUGAAAGAAGGAAGGGUACCAACACAAAGGAGAGAAGAGGGAAAUGAGCUUGACACUUUGAGUUUGUUUCCCUCUUUCUCCUCCCCCCUUUGCAAACGUUUUCCUGCGUGUUUGUUCUGUCUCUGGGGCAAAAGCAAGCCAGCAUGAAGGCUUUGGAGGAUGUAAUGGAACAAAAACGUAUCCAGAAGAACUGGGGAGAAAACUGUAGUAAUGCCACUAAGGGAAAAGUUUAUACAACAAAUAAUUUAGAGCUGUCAGUCAUUUGAAGGAAGCAAUUAUUCUGUGGUCAGAAGAGGACAAGCUGAAAAAAGGCUGUGCUAAAUUUGUAAGAAAACCCUGUUUCAACGCUGCCUCUUUUCACUCUGCAGGGUUCACGCUCAAGUAGCUCUUUACACAUAGAUAGGCCCCGUGGUGGUGAAUGUACUGCUGGAGCAGCGUCCACAAUCGUCUGUAGUUGAAGAACAUGAGGUUGAAUCAGUGCAUUAAGGGUACAGCAUGUCACUAAUGUUUCUGCUGUUUGUGUUUCCAUGCUAUUUUUAUUUUUAUUUUUUUACCAGAUACUCGUUUGGCACACAAGGACAGAGAAACCCGUCCUUGUGAAUGAGGGGAAGAAAGGAUUCACAGAUCCAAACAUGGAGAUUUGAUUGUACUUUCCUCAAACUCUGGUGGUGGGCCUUGCAUCUGCGGUGGGGGGAAACAGUCAAGUUUCUAUAGAACUGCUCAACUGUGAUCAAGUCUUAAUUCUAAGGAAACAAAAUGGAGGAAUAUGACAUGGGUUAAAAAUAUUUUUCAAAUAUGGACCAAAAACAUGUCAACUAUAUCAUAUCAAAGCACAGCAGGCAGAGGCAGCAGUCGUUCUUCGGAUCUACCACUGAAGAGCAAAGAGGACGGAUCUCUAAUGAGGUUUACCUCCACCUUCUCCGGGGUUGGGUGGGACAGCACAAUAUGAAAAGCAUACAGCCAGCAGACUGGAACAAGCAAGCAGGUCUGAAAACUAUCCUUCCUCCGCAAAUAAUGCAAAGGAUCUGAAAGAAAUGGACCAGGAUCUGCACAUUGCACACAAAAGGAGAUUCAGGAUGUGGUACACAUCAUCAGUGCUGGAUUUAGAAAAGAAAAAAAAAAAGUUGAGUUCACUUUCAGCAAGGAAGAAAUGUUGUUUUAAUAACUACAAAUGUUUGCUGUAAUUUAAUUUAACUGGUUUAGGAGUUUUAUGAACACUUGAUCUGCUAGUUCACCUGUAUUGACUCUUCUCUUCAUGUCCUGUUGGGUUAUCAUUGUCAAUUUUACACCAUCAUUGAAACUCAUGCAUAUACAGUGGGCCACAUAGGCACGUACACUUAAAAGAGAAACUCAACCUUGGUGUUCAACUUGAGAAACAUAGUUAUCAAAAACUUAACACUCUUAGCAUUUAAAAUUAACACGGAGUUUUCUCUUGAGGAAGGGUUUAUACGUAGUAAACAAAUAUGAGACCAAUCGGAGGCCUGGGGGAAAAUUUUGACAAAUGCACUGAACAUUGUAUUUAUGUGUGAAUGCAAAGCUAUUAAAUUAUUGAAACUGAAAGAUAAAACUCAUUUACUGUCUGCACUCGUCUUAUAGAAUACUGGUGGAAUGUGUGAGACUUUAUUAAGAGAACAUUUAGUUUGCGGCACCUUCAAAAUGAAGAACCUUUCAUUCAAGCUCAGAUUCAUAAACGUCAACUCCUACAGAGGCCCAAAAGUGUCACAUUGAAAUUCAUUUAUUAGAUAAGAGAGGAAAAAAAUACCUUACCAAGUACAUAAUUAAGAAAACAUGUCAUUAAUUAACUAAUGAUUUUGUGCUGCAGUGCAAAAUGAAUUUAGUUUUUCUCUUCUUUCUGCAUGCCCGUCAGUCCGCAGGCGGAGCUGACGCAGAUAUUCUGAAGAUGACUGAUUUGGUCUGAAGAAAAUUCUUUCACACACAUGGACUCUCUUUGGUUAGAUAUCUAUCUCAUUGCUGUAACAAAUGAUGAUUUUCCUGAUUUACAUGCACAACUUUCAGACCAUUAUUCUUGCUUAUAAACAAAAUAUCUCUCGCAGGGCAAAUAGAGAUUAAAAACGUGGGAACACCACCUUUAACAAAUUAAACAGUCUUUCAUGGCAGAACCUUUAUCAUUUAAUUCACUGAGUGCUCUUCUACUAUCUUACGUAGAUUAAUGCUUCAGCAGCACCACCAGGAUUAGGCUGGAUGUUUACACCUUCAGUUUUUUAAGCAGUCUCUAGAUAGGAGCCUCUCAUAAUUUUUGGGAUGUUAGGAUUUCAGAAGAUUUGCCUUGGUAUGCUUCUAUGGCUGGAAUAGAAAUUUUGGUUAAUUAAAAUAAAAAAUUAACACUCCUUAGGUUUUUUUUAAAAAGGAAACCUAUUCUUUGUAAGGUCAUGUUAUAAAGAAACUAUUCACUAAUGUGCUGAUCUGAUGCAGCUAUUUAAAAAUGUGUCGGUGAUUCUGAAAUACUGCAGCUCUUCUCAUUUUUACUGUCCAAAUUCUGGAUUCUGGUAACAUUUGAAGAUGGGACUGAGAGUGAAUGACCGAUAUUCAGUGUCUUUAUGAACAACAGACAAGCAAGUAAACAUUACAAAACAAAUAAAUAUUGCUACUAGUCAAAUAUGGUCUUUUGCUAAAUUAGAAUCCAUUCACCACUAAAGUCUUAUUGGUAAUCACAACGACAAUUCAGACUACUUUACAAUACACUGCAGUACAUUAACAAAUGUAAUCAUAACCCAUUUAGGUAAAUUCUGUUAGAUGUCUUUAUGUAUUACUUUGUGGCACUUUUGGCCCUCCAUAUAUCUAAAUCCUAACUCUCUGUUAUUUUAUUUUGUCUGGGCACAUCAAAUCUGCGUCAGAUAUUGGCUAGAUGCCACUGUCUAUGAAUAUUAAAAAUGAAAAUAAAAAAAUUAUAAAAAAUCAAGUUAAAAAAGCAUAAACAUUAAUGCAUGGCCCUGAAAAUGUGAUAUAUGUAAAAAAAAAAAUAAAAAAAAUUGAACAUUCAGCUCUGAAGUCGAUGUAGGC